UUUUGAAAAGUGUACGCUGAGUAGUACGCGAUGCUGUAGUCCGUCAGAAACCACUGUCACCCAGUCAACACAGCUUUUUAUUUAUUUAACCUUUAUUUAACUGGGCAAGUGGAUACCAUUUGGAGGGAGUCGACCGGCAAGCGUUCGUACCACUCCCGAGAACCAUGGCAUCCCAGGUGCGACAGAACUUCCACCAGGAAUGUGAGGCUGCCAUCAACAGGCAGAUCAACCUGGAACUGUAUGCUUCUUAUGUAUACCUGUCUAUGGGCUACUACUUUGACAGAGACGACAAAUCCCUGCCCAAUUUUUCCAAGUUCUUCCUGACUCAGUCCAAGGAGGAGAAGGAGCAUGCUGAGAAACUGAUGAGUCAUCAGAACCAGAGAGGAGGACGCAUCUUUCUCCAGGACAUCAGGAAACCUGACAGAGAUGAGUGGGGCAGUGGGUUGGAGGCCUUGGAGUGUGCCCUACAGCUGGAGAAGAGUGUCAACCAGUCUCUACUGGACCUGCACAAAGUAGCCGUAGAGCACAAUGACCCGCACAUGUGUGACUUCAUAGAGACCCACUAUCUGGAUGAGCAGGUCAAGUCUAUCAAGGAGCUGAGUGACUGGGUCACCAACCUGCGUCGCAUGGGUGCCCCUCAGAACGGCUUGGCAGAGUACCUCUUCGACAAACACACCCUGGGGAAGGAGUAGCGGCUGAACAUCCCGUCUUUUACUAGGGUUGUGUUCAUUAGGGCACACUGUAGCAAAAUACGUUGAAACAGGAAACGGCCAUUUCUUAUUGGAUAAAUUCAGAUUGUAGUACCUCACAGUUUCAGCCCGUUUUGUGACGAAUGAACACAACCCAUUUUCCCGCCUGCUGGUCAAUUUUUCAUGUUUGGUCUGUCCUUACGACUGGUAAUCUUCUAGUAUCAUAGAUAUGCUGGCUUUAAAGACCAAAAUGACCAGAAGCCAUUGCUCUAUUUACAUGACUGCUCUAUAUUGUGAUUUACUUUUUCUAUGAUCUCCCGAAGCUGACUUCCAGGCUGUUUGUGCUAUCAUACCAACUCCUUGUCAUUCAGUUUGGCUUGACAAAUUUCAGCACAAACAGAUCUGGGACCAGGCUAUAUUUUUCCUAUGUUUACCUACACUAUGUGUCCGUUACAAUUGACAUGUUUUGCCAAAAUAAAGACUUAACUGCUCCCUAGAGAUAUCUCGUAGCUUAGGGGAGUUUAAAAGUGAGACUGUGGUGAGUAGGACCACGUAACUUUUGUUUUUGUUUCUCUCUAAUGCGUUUCAUAUUUAAUUUGUGAAGCCAAUAUUGAGUGAUUGUAGGAAAGACGUUACUUAAAAUACCUUUUCCAUUCUAUUGUCUACACAGUUCAUUAAUUGGCCAUUUUAAUGAAAUUAUGUCUAUAUUUUGGAAUUUGGUCUGUGUCUCUUAUCUAUUGUAAGGUGAUGUAUGAUGAUAAACAUUUGAAUCAC